CUCCCGUGUCCCCUCACUGGGGGUCACCCGUGCCCCAUGUCCCCAAAUCCCCCAUUUUCCUCAUCCCGUGUCCCCCAAAUCUCCCCGUGUCCCCUCGCUGGGGGUCACCCAUGUGCCCUUGUCCCAUGUCCCCCGAAUCCCCCCAUUUCCCCCAUCCUGUGUCCCCAAAUCCCAUUUGUCCCAUCCCCUGUCCCCCAAAACCCCUGAAUCCCCUCACUGGGGGUCACCCAUGUCCUCCUGUCCCGUGUCCCCCCAAAUCCCCCCAUGUCCCCUGGCUGGGGGUCACCCUUGUCCCCACAUCCCCCACGUCCCCCCAGUUUUCCCACACUGAGGUCCCCCCGUGUACCCCUCUCUGUCCCCAUCCCAGGUCCCCCCAUAUCACCCCCACAGGGGGUCCCCCAUUUCUCCCCCAUGUCCCCCAGUGUCCCUGUCACCGGGGGGUCCCACCUCCUAUCCCCCCAUGGCCACCACCGUGGGUCCCCCUCAUCCCCGUGCCCCCGUAUCCCCCAUUUCCCCUCAUCCCGUAUCCCCCAUUUCCCUCACCCCAUGUGCCCCACAGCCCCAUGUCCCCUCACCCCUGUCCCCCCAUGUCCUCUCUCAUCCCCUCUGCACUCCCCCCACAGCGGCUCCCUCUCUGUCCCCAUUCCCCUCACUGUCCCCCCCUCACCCUACAUCCUCCAUUUCCCCUCACCCCAUCUCCCCUCACUGUGUCCCCUCACCCCAUCUCCCCUCACUGUCCCCCCUCACCCCACAUCCUCCAUUUCCCCUCACCCCAUCUCCCCUCACUGUGUCCCCUCACCCCAUUUCCCCUCACCCCAUCUCCCCUCACUGUCCCCCCUCACCCCACAUCCCCCAUUUCCCCUCACCCCAUCUCCCCUCACUGUGUCCCUUCACCCCAUUUUCCCUCACCCCAUCUCCCCUCACUGUGUCCCCUCACCCCAUAUCCCCCAUUUCCCCUCACCCCAUCUCCCCUCACUGUGUCCCCCCUCACCCCACAUCCCCCAUUUCCCCUCACCCCAUCUCCCCUCACUGUGUCCCUUCACCCUAUUUUCCCUCACCCCAUUUCCCCUCACUGUGUCCUCUCACCCCAUUUUCCCUCACCCCAUUUCCCCUCACUGUGUCCCCCCCUCACGCCGUGUCCCCAUCUCCCCUCACCGCGUGUCCCGGUGUGUGUGGGUGUGUGUGGGUGUCUGUGUGUGUGUCGCUGUCGGUGCGGCGGCUGACGCGGCCCCGCAGCCAUGCCCCGCAGGAAGGCGGCGGGGCCGCCCUGGGACGCUGCGGGCCCGGGCCCUCAGGGCGGCGGCCGGCGGCGGCCGGGCCCUCAGGGCGGCGGGCGGCGGCGGCCCCGGCCCAGCGGCGGCAGCAGCGGCGGCAGCAGCGAGGAGGAGGCGCCCCGGGAGCGGCGGCCGCGGGACGGCAGCCCCGGGGCCCGCAGGCCCGGCAGGCCCGGCGGGGCGGCGGCGGCGGCGGCGGCGGGGCCCGGAGGCCCCGGGGCCCGCGGGCAGAACGUGGUGAUCUGCGAGCCCGAGCACAGCAAGGAGCGCAUCAAGCUCGAGGGCUCCAAGAGCCGGGGGCAGCUCCUGAUCUUCGGUGCCACCAACUGGGACCUGAUCGGCCGCAAGGAGGUGCCCAAGCAGCAGGCGGCGUACCGGAACCUGGGCCAGAACCUGUGGGGGCCGCACCGCUACGGCAGCCUGGGCGCGCUGCGCGUGCGCUCGGUGGUGUCGGGGCCCUGCGCCGCGCACAGCCUGCUCAUCACGGCCGAGGGCCGCCUCUGGAGCUGGGGGCGGAACGAGAAGGGGCAGCUGGGCCACGGCGACACGAAGCGCGUGGAGGCGCCGCGGCCGAUCGAGGCGCUGGGCAGCGAGGCCAUCGUGGCGGCCGCCUGCGGCCGGAACCACACCCUGGCACUGACCGAGAACGGCUCCGUGUUCGCUUUUGGGGAGAACAAGCUGGGCCAGCUGGGGCUGGGGAACCAGACGGACGCCGUGCCCAGCCCCACCCAGAUCCUGUACAAUGGGCAGCCGAUCUCCAAGCUGGGCUGCGGGGCCGAGUUCAGCAUGGUCAUGGACUGCAAGGGGAACCUGUAUUCCUUCGGGUGCCCCGAGUACGGCCAGCUGGGACACAAUUCCGACGGGAAGUUCAUCGCGCGGGCGCAGCGCAUCGAGUACGACUGCGAGCUGCUGCCGCGGCGCGUGGCGCUCUUCGUGGAGCGCACCAAGGACGGGCAGGUGCUGCCCGUGCCCAACGUCGUGGUCAGGGACGUGGCCUGCGGGGCCAACCACACGCUGGUGCUGGAUUCCCAGAAGCGCGUCUUCUCCUGGGGCUUUGGGGGCUACGGGCGCCUGGGCCACGCGGAGCAGAAGGACGAGAUGGUUCCCAGGCUGGUGAAGCUCUUCGACUUCCCGGGGCGCGGCGCCGCCCAGAUCUACGCGGGAUACACCUGCUCCUUCGCCGUCAGCGAGACAGGUGGAUUGUUCUUCUGGGGCGCCACCAACACCUCCCGGGAAUCCACCAUGUACCCCAAGGCCGUGCAGGACCUGUGCGGGUGGAAGAUCCGCAGCCUGGCCUGCGGGAAGAGCUCCGUCAUCGUGGCGGCCGACGAGAGCACCAUCAGCUGGGGGCCCUCGCCCACCUUCGGGGAGCUGGGAUAUGGGGACCACAAACCCAAAUCGUCCACGGCGGCGCAGGAGGUGAAAACCCUGGACGGGAUCUACACCGAGCAGGUGGCCAUGGGCUAUUCCCACUCGCUGGUGAUCGCCCGGGACGAGUCGGAGGCGGAGCAGGAGAAGCUGCGGAAGCUCCCGGAGUACAACCCCCGCACCCUCUGAGGGGCCCCCAUCCCAAUCCCGAUCCCGAUCCCGCUUCUCCAUCCCGGCCGCCGUGCUCCCUCCCUGUUCCCGCAUUCCCAGCCCUCGGGGGGUCAUUCCCACCCCCAUUCCCGGCUUUUGGAAUUCCCGACCGCAGCCGGGCCUCCCGGCACGUCCCGCCCCGGCUUUUGUAGGGUCUGGCCUUGAAUUGUUUUUUAUUUUAUUUGUAUUUUUCCGCAGCUUUUUUUUACUGUUUCCCAUUUUUCCAGCCCCAAAUCUCCGUGGCUGCUGGCUCAGGAUCACUUUGGGGAUCUGAUCCCGGCUUGGGAUCCCUUUAGGGAUCUGGGAUCCCUAAGGAGCAGCUGCCAACACCUGGUUUUUCCCCUGUAUUCCCAUUUUUCCCCCCAAUAUUCCCAUUUUUUGCUGGUUUUCCCUACUUUGGGUGCUACAGUUUCUGGGAUUUCCCCCUUCCCACCCCUCCAGCAUCCGCAGGGAUCCUGGAUCCCAUCCCAGCAGCAUUCCUGGAUCCCAUCCCAGCAGCAUUCCCGGGCUCCCCGCCCUCGCCCACCCCGGGGACAUCUCAGGGAUCACGAGGGGAGUCCCAAAGGAAUUUUUUUCCCGGGAAUUCGGGGUUUUUUCCUUCUGGCGGAUGGUUUGGCCCGGGAUCAGCCGGAAUUCCCGCGUUCCCAGUUCCCUCCGUGCCAGGUCACUGUGCUGGAAUCUCGAGGUGCCUUCAGGAGCAGAGCCCGGCUCUGCCCCGCGCCAUUCCCGCUCCCUUCGGGCCGUUUUUAGGGAUUCUCCUGGAUUUUUCCAUGGAUUUUUGCUCCUUCCCAUCUCCCCCGGGGCGGCGCUCGGGGAGUUUGCAGUAAAAAGAAUGGGUUUUGGUCAA